AUGAUUCUCAGAGCUAGUGACCAGGUUGUUAUUGAUAAUGUAAGCCCUCCUUCAACUAGUCCUCCUCCACCUAGUCCUCCUCCACCUAGUCCUUCACCUAGUCCUCCUCCACCUAGUCCUCCUUCACCUAGUCCUCCUUCACCUAGUCGUCCUCCACCUAGUCGUCCUCCACCUAGUGGUCCUCCACCUAGUCCUCCUCCACCUAGUCCUCCUCUACCUAGUACUCCUCCACCUAGUCCUCCACUUAGUCCUUCACCUCGUCCUCCACCUAGUCGUCCUCCACCUAGUCGUCCUCCACCUAGUCCUCCUUCACCUAGUCCUCCUUCACCUAGUCCUCCACAUAGUCCUUCGCCUAGUCCUCCUUUACCUAGUCCUCCACCUAGUAAUUCUCCACCUAGUCGUCCUCCACCUAGUCCUCCUUCGCCUAGUCCUCCACCUAGUCCUCCUUCACCUAUUCCUUCACUUAGUCCACCUAGUCGUUCACCUAGUUCUCCUUCACCUAGUCGUCCUCCACCUAGUCCUCCUUCACCUAGUCCUUCACGUAGUCCUCCUCCACCUAGUCGUCCUUCACCUAGUCGUCCUUCACCUAGUCCUCCACCUAGUCCUCCUUCACCUAGUCCUCCUUCACCUAGUCGUCCUCCACCUAGUCCUCUUCCAUUUAGUCCUCCUCCAGUUAGUCCUCCUCCACCUAGUCCUCCUCCACCUAGUCCUUCACCUAGUCCUCCUUCACCUAGUCGUCCUCCACCUAGUCGUCCUCCACCUAGUCCUCCUUCACGUAGUCGUCCUCCACCUAGUCCUCCACCUAGUCCUCCUCCAUCUAGUCCUCCACCUAGUCAUCCUCCACCUAGUCCUCCUCCACCUAGUCAUCCUCCACCCAGUCCUCCUCCACCUAGUCCUCCUUCGCCUAGCCCUCCGCCUAGUCGUCCUCCACCUAUACACAAUACACCUAGUCCUCCUCCACCUAGUCCUCCACCUAUACACAAUAUACCUAGUCCUCCACCUAGUCCUUCACCUAGGCCUGCACCUAGUCCUCCUUCACCUAGUCCUCCUUCACCUAGUCCUCCUUCACCUAGUCCUCCUUCACCUAGUCCUCCUUCACCUAGUUCUCCUUCACCUAGUCCUCCUUCACCUAGUCCUCCACCUAUACUGGUACCCAUAAUUGUGAUGCAUCAGUUGGUACCCGUAAUUGUGAGCAUCAGUAUUGGUACCCGUAAUUGUAAUGCAUCAGUAUUGGUACCCGUAAUUGUGAUGUAUCAGUACUGGUACCCAUAA